UGUUUGAGUUGUUGAAAGUUGUUGGGUUCAGAUACAAAAGUCGGAAUUGGGCGACGCUGUUGAAAUAAACCCUAAAUUCAAGGUUUGAUUUCUUCGAUUACAGUUGAAAAUAAGAAAAUUGGAUUACAGAUACACUUAAUUGUUGUUCGUCAUCAUCGUUGAAUGGAGAAGGCAAGCUUUAAAGUUGGGCAACUUGCUGAAAUGAGAACAUUCGAGGAUGGAUUUCGUUCUGCUUGGUUCCGAUGCAAGAUCAACGAUAUCAAACGCAAUGCGAACAAGAUUUUGCUGGACUACAUAGAUUUUGAAUUGGAAGAACCAAGCUGGGUAGAGAUUUAUCAAAUGCCUCCCUAUGCCAGGAAGUCCAAGCAUUUUAAAAGGCAGCUCAUGGUGCGCCCUCAAUAUCCUGCAAUCUAUUACAAAGAUCAAAUGCCGCCUCUCAACUCUAUUUCACAAGAAUCUGUUGUCAUUCAUGGUAAAUGGAAGGUUGGAAAUAUGGUAGAUUGGUUUAAAGACGAUUGUUUUUGGUCUGCAAGGGUUGUCAAACUACUGAGCAAUGACAAGGUUCAGGUAAUUGAGUUGCCAUUACCUCCGGUAGGAGAAGGGAAAGAAGGUGAAGAUAGAAAGCUUGAAGCAUUAUGUAAGGAUUUACGCCCAUGCUUAGACUGGUCCGAAACAAAAGGCUGGACCUUUCAUAUCGUGGAGGGUCAGACUUUGUGUGAUGCAAAACUUAUUACUCCGACAAAGCAAGGCACGGAUUUGGAAGUGGAGAAUGCAGCUGAUGGACCUGCGAAUGCAUCUUCCACCACUUGUAUACCAACAGAGGGAGAUAGAGAUAGAGAUAGUGCGCAGAAUGAAAAUGCGAAAAUGGAUUUGGAAGUGGAGCAUGCGGCUGAUGGACCUGUGAACGCAUCUUCCACCACUCGUAUACCAACAGAGGGAGAUAGAGAUGGUGAGCAGAAUGAAAAUGCGAAAAUGGAUUGCGGUUUAGUGGAAUCUUCUGAGAGUGUUUCGAGUUUGCGUGUGGAAAAGAGAAAAGCAGCAGAGGUAGCAGCUCCAGAGGAGGUUGAAAAAAGAGAGUUGAAUAUAAUGCGUGAAGACACGCUAGAGGCUGCCAUGGUUGAUCUGGAGGAACUGGUCAACAAAGUCAAUUGGUUGCAGAGGCUUAUAAAGUCACCUGCUACUACAUCAUCAUCUUGGAAGUUUGCUUAAUAUGAACUUGUUAGUUACUUUUAGUAACAAAUGCACAAUUUAAUACUUUUAGUAAAUUAGGAUGUAUUCUCUACCGGCAUCUAUUGUGUAGAGCUGAAAGUUUUGAAAACUCGAUACUUGAAAUCUAAGCGGAAUUUAGGUCCCAAUCUUUAUCUUUA